GUUGCAUUUUAUGUGAAUGCAACUUAUAUUGUUUUCUUUCUACAGGAGCAAAAUUCAGAAAUAGAAAGUGCUGUAAGGAAUCUGCUUAGCUGCAUCCGAAGGCAUAGCAGCCCUCAAGCAGAUGGAAAUCCCAACAGUUCUCCCACCGUGGCACCUCAGCCUGGUACUAGUGCUUCCUUUGGGGUUGGCCAGGCUGUUAGUAGGCCAAACACAGUUCAGCAAGAAAUGCAAAGAUAACCAAAGUACUUCUUCAGGAGUACCCAAAGUUGCAAAACUUAAGAGGUGGUUGGCUGCUCCAAAAAGCCUCAGGGGCAGUGGACAAAGGAAAACAACAUCUCUGGCCCAGGAUUCCCAGGGCUACACAGCAAAAAUAUUGAAGACGUCCUCUAACAAUGGGAAGAAUGGCAUCUACAUCAUCCCCCUCCAAGAAGAAAUCGAUAUAACCCAGUUGCCAUAUAAUGCACCUGAAUUUCAUAACAUGCCCAAAAACAUCUGCAUGACCUGUGGUAUAUCAGUCCCAUUACAGUUGCUGCCAUGUCACCUUGAGGAUUGUCAAAGUAAUAAUGCGAUAGAAUCUGAAUCUGACAAGGAAAAAGAAACUGAAGAGGCCCAUGGACUGAGCCAUGAGUCAGAUGUAAUUUGUCUGGAUGCCUGUCCGAUAUGUGGAGAAGAAUUUUCUGCAGAAGUGAUGCCUUACCAUGCCAGUACAUGUGGAGAAAGUUUCCCUGAGACUUUCCCCUCGAUUAUGGAUGGAAACUCUGUUGAUGAAACUGCCUCAUUACCAUCCCAAAGCACUGCUUUCCAACUUGAUCCUGAUCAUUUAACACCUGGGCCAUCAGUUUCAGCUGAAAGUGCACCUUCAAUGUGUGAUGAUUGGAAGAGGAUUGAGCUUCCAGAAAGGGCAGCUAUACAGUACAGGCGGUGUGCACUUCGACAAAAAGAAGAUGAGCCCCCACUGAAAGUACGAAUUGAUAUUAGAGAAGACAUGGAGGACCAGGAGGGGAGAAUAAUACAUUUUUACAAAAAACCAAACAUCCUGUCCCAUUGGAUUUUGUCAUACACUAUAUUCCUUUAA